AUGAAAGCAAUGUCGACGGAUGCCAUUCUUUACAACUUGUACACGAUAUGGCUCUUCACAGCAAGCGAUCACCUCACCUUUGUGCUCCCACAAUUUUUCAUGGGUCUCUGCGGACUCCUUUCUACWGCUCUCAUCCCACGGACCAAAAGCGUCGAUUUGGCAACGAUAUUGCGCUGCUCGUUGGAGAUCUUCGCCUGGAACUGGUGCAACACUCUUAUAUUCACUCUGGCAAAUCAAGGAAGCAUCGAUGCAGCACGAGAAGACGCCGCCAACAAACCUUGGAGACCCAUUGCUGCAGGCCGAAUCUCGGYGGAACACACGAGAGGAUUGUUGGCAUCCUUGAUUCCCAUCUUUGGCAUCGUCUGUCAUCUUUGCCUUGGAGCCGUUGAAGAGACGGCAAUUCUCAUCUGUUUGACGUGGAUUUACAAUGACCUUGGAGCAUCGGACAAGAAUUUCAUCAUCCGCAACACCGUCAUCGCAACAGCAUAUUUCUUCUAUGGAAAGGGGUCUCUCCAGGUUGCGACCAGAGGGCUUGGAUUACUUCUUCCCGACUCUGCAGUAAGGUGGUUGUUCGGGAUCAGUUUGAUCAUCUUCUUCACCAUGUCGGUGCAGGAUUUGAAGGACCAGUCGGGAGACAGAAUCAAAGACCGGCGAACGGCGCCCUUGGUUCUGGGAGAGAAGCUGGCAAGAUGGAGCAUCGCGCUUCCAGUAGUGCCCGCCUCGACAAUCUGUUGUAUGUGGUGGAAUUGCUCUCGGAUGACGGCAAUCGCUUGCACAAUGUUUGGACUUGUCGUCGCUGGCCGAGUGGUUGUGUUACGAGGAUUCGAAGCUGACCGUUUGACUUGGAAGCUGUGGGCAUUCUGGUUACUUGGGCUUUACGCAUUACCGCUUGCUAGUGGGCCCGUUAGCUGA